GUCGACUUCUGUGAUUGUGACACGUGUCCUAAUCACCCCAAACGGCAGCGCUUCAAUUCAUUCAGAGAAACCUUAUGUUUUUUGGCAAAAGAAAACCUUACGUCUUCAUCCGUCUCCCAUAGCCUUUUAGGGUUCAUCCUAUUGUUCGAUCUCUGACGACUUCUCUGACUCCAUGAAUGGAGGUUGGAGAGAUUUAGUGGCUCAACCCGGUUUUAUCGACAAAGCAUGAAGGGAGACGAUUCGAUCUUAGAUUUAAUGCCUCCAAGGAAGAAGCAUAAUAAAGGACCCAACAAGAAACGGAAGCUGAAGAAACUUGAGGAAGACAGGGAGAAAGAGCUCCUCUCUGCAAAAACUUCCAAGUUGUUAGACAAGUAUAAAAUAUCUCAGGAUGUGUCUUCGCUUUUCCAAUCUUCAAAAGCCAUAGGUAGAUCUGAUAAGAAGCUGGAGAAACGCAUGAGACCAAUGCAACUAUCUAAAGCUGGUGUUUUGUCUGAUGAACCAGUCAAGGAAAAUGACAACUCUGAUUCAUGUAUGGACGAGCCUACCACACCUGAAAUCCAUAUCCCAACUCUUCAUACUGAUUCUCACCAACUUAUUCAUCCCAAUGAACUCGAUUCCAAAGUAAUGAUAAUCUCUGCUGAAGAGUCCCGUGAAGAAGAAUGUUCCUUUAUGAAGCUGGUUUUGGUUCAAAGCAAGUUAAUUCUCGAAGUGGGGUUAUUGGUAUUACACAGCCACGUCGUGUUGCUGUCCGUCCUCGCCACUGCCGAGAGGGUGGCUCAUGAGCUUGGUGUUCACCUCAGUCAAGGAGUCGGUUUCAAAGUGAUUGCAGGCAGCAUAGAUUUUAAAAGAUCUUUAAGCUACAGAGGCAUUCUUCAUACACCCACCAGUCAUCCUCCAACUUAUUUGGCUUCCUAAUUCCAUGUAACAUUUAUGUUCAGUUGAUAUAAUAUAUCCCUCCUGGUAAUAAGAUCUAGGGGAGCAGUGGCCAUGUGGUUGACGGAAUGACGGUGAUCAGCAUGCAAAUACUGUGUAGAUGGUGAUUUUGCUUCAGCUACAUCGGUGUUGGGAGUCAGAAACCGCGUGGUGUACAAGCUUGCGCUGGUUCCUCUCAAACAGUCUCUUUUCUUCCUCUUCGCAACUCCAACCUUAGGGUGUCUCUCUGUAUGUACUGAUUUAGAUUUAGUCCUAAAGAAUACUUUGCAAGUUCAGAUUUAGUUAUUUACACCUAAAGAGGUGAAUAUGAAUCUUGGUUUAUGUCUCCCUCAUUAAGUCAGCCGUCGCAAUGAACGUAAAGAGAGUAGUAAUCAUAUACACAAAGCUGCAAUGGCUAUCAACAGCAGCAUCAUUAGUGUCUUACAUGGCAAAUCUUCCAAAGGUUUAUGUUACGUUCAGUAACUAUGUUACGGCUGAGAGAGCAGAGAUUCUGCUCUAUUGUUUGAAACAUUGUUGCCUUGGAUUAUCUCAAUUGUAUAUGCAAGAUUCUGUAAAAUAAGGAUGUUACGAGAGAGUUGUUGAAGAGCCGUUCAAGAGUACUUCAAGGUUUAGCUUUUAACAUAGUUGCUUGGAAUGAUUCUGUUAUCUUUGCAGACAAAAUCAUGAGGCGUAGUGAAUAACCUUUUAUAGGUUUUCCAAUUUACUUCUAUAUUUAUUUAUUUUCCUUAUGUUCUGAUCUAUCUCCUGUAAAUUUAUUUCAGAUCAAAAUCAAUGUGAAAUCUAGAACUAAAGCAUUUACUUCCUUUUUCUUAA